AUGUACGGGUCGCAGUCUAAUCCCAGCUAUUCCGGAAAUCAGAAUAUAGGUCCUCCGCAGCCAGAAUGGCGUCUAUCCCCGAAUCCAAACCGACAGCCGCUCGCUCCAGCUUCCCCGCCUAUCUCUCCCCCUCCCCCUUCCUACAAUCCGAGUAUCUAUGGGCCUAUGCCAGGCGCGACUGGAAGCAUUAUAAACGGGGCUGUAUCGCCAGUAUCUAGUUUGGACAGAAGCUCGUGGGGAGUGCGAUUCAACCAAGUGCAUCAAGCUCCUCCCCCACUGCCUCCUCGGCCUUCAAGCGCGGCAGAUAAUCCUCAUGCUCGUCUACAAACCCCUGCGGCGGGCUCACCAAACCCCAAUAAUAAUAAGCCUUUGCCCGCUACUCCAAACACUGGGUGUCAACCUUUGGGGAGUUAUCCACAAUGGACGACAAGUCCUCCUCCGUAUACGCCUCAGCACAAUGUUAACCUUAUAUCAUCGCCGCUGCUGCCAGCACCACCAGCACCGCCACACCCACCUCAAGUUCCUCCUUACCUGGAUCCCUCGCCGGAGCAGAACAAUCAAACAUGGCAGCAGUCACCUCUAGUCGAGCGGCCCCAGCCUCAGUCCCCACCAACAAAUCAGGGUCUGAUGCCGGCUGUAGCUCCACCACCUGUACCACCCAAGAGCCCUCACUUCCAUGCGUCUGCUUCGGCCCUAGGCAUUGGUACUCCGUCUGAUUGGGAGCACUUGGGCCCUAGUCCAGGGCAUAUUGACGAUGAGGAAGUAUUCCAGCCUAAAAAGGACACUCCGGCACCACCAGGCUCUGUGUUUGAGCUGCCCCCAAACCAUUCAACAGCCGAAUCCAGCCCAGCAUUGAACAAUCAAAUUGCAACUUCUACACCGCCGCAGAGUAUCUCACCUUUGAUGCAUACUACGCAAAAUGACUAUUCACAAGGCCCGCAAAAACGAUCGGCGAGUUCACCGGUUAGCCCCAGCGUGACUCAGGAGAUACACGAACCGCCUCGCCCGGCCAGAGUAGACACCGCUGAGUCCAGUUACAGCACAAUGUCUGCCACUGACCCUUCUGAAAGCAUUGACGGUGUGAUCGAGGCUUGGACACGGCCCAUAUCACCGGAAACUAAAUCUUCAGCUGCCCACACUCCUCAAGAAUCUCGGUCUAAUUCGAGAGAUCCACCAAGACGCAAGCCUAGUCCUCUUGAAAUUGAGAUUCCAAAGCACAAUUCAGAGAAUAUAGAGCCUCCAAGGGAGAUGCAUUCUGCUUCGAAUGAGGAAGAGCCAAACCACACUGCAGAGGAUUCCGUUAAAGCAGAGCCUGUUGUUCCGCAGCCAAAGGGUCUGGAUCCCUAUGGGGAUAUGGACCCGUGGUUCAAAUCUUCACUAGCGCGCUACACAGCUAUGCUGCGAAAAGAAACGGUGGCCGAUUCUGACGAGGAGCGAUUCAAGAUAUUCACGGCCUUCAUGGCCAAAGAGACAAAACUACGUGAAAUCUUGUACAGUAUUGAGAAUGAACUCAAGAGUGACGAUCAAACUACCCCGCAAAUAGAGCCGAUCUCACAGCAGUCAACGGAGAAAUCCGAGGAAACUGCGUCUCCUAUCGAAUCGGGAUUGAUACCUGUGGAAUCGGAGAACACUCAGGGUAUAUCCUCCAAUGUCCGGGAAGGCUACGAAGAUGGGGAGUAUAGCCCCGGUGGGCGCCCACUACUUCCCAGACUUCAUACGCCUGUUUCUCACGGUCUUCAGAGAUCAGCCUCAAACCCUACGGGCCUUGCCAAUGCUUUGAAGCAUGCAAGAACUGGCAAUCCACCGGUGGCUGAUUCACAAACUCAAUCCUCACGCUCCACAUCAGUCCCUCCCUCAAUAAGUGAGAAUUAUGAAGAAAUUUUCAGGCCUUUGUCAACAAACCCUCCCCAGGCGAUAUACACGCCGUUUAGGUACACCGAAGGCCCUCAGCGGGGUUCUGACAGUCUUAAAUUUGAUCAGCCUGCAUACCAAGCUUAUUCUGCCUUACGACAAGCAUCUGCGGAGAGUGGGCGUGUAAUGUCAAAUGGCCCAGCACCAACGACUAAAGGCAGAUCAGGAACCGCUACCCCUGCCCCAGCCCAGGCUGAACAUGAUGAAACGUUCAUCGGACUUAUCAGAGAGAAGAGUGUUGCCUAUAGGAAAAGGCCACGUCGAAAGACCUCUUCUCCACCCCCGUUGCCUAUGUCUCUGCGACAAGGUAGAGCAGAUUCUCUCACCGAACUACGGUCUAUCAUCUCCACGCCUCUGUCAAAACAUUCAGAGAGCUCCUGGCAUGCCACAACUAGGAAGGACUUGGAAAAAUAUUCUGAUGAUUUCACUUAUAUCCAAAGCGCCUUGAAUGGGUGGGAAGCCAAAAACAGGGUUAGGCGAGAGGCUCUUGAUAAAGAGCGGAUGAGACGUCAAGAGGAGUCUGAAAGGAGAAUAGAUGACCUGUUUAAUGAAAAGGAGAUCGGUUAUGCCGAUAUCAACGUUCUAGAAGACCAAUAUCGACAGACAGAAGCCCGUGUGCAACUGGACGAAGAGCGACGGGAACUUGACGAUUUCAAUGUUAACGCUUUCAACCCUCUCGACCGAAGGCUCAGGGAAGAGAUAUCCGCACUCCGAGAUCAUUACGACUCUGCACUUGGCCAACUCGAUCAUGAAAACAGCAGGAUCAAAGAUUCAGCGGCAGACAAAUAUAAUUUAUCGUUUACAAUGAAGACCGUGAACGAAAUCUACCGAAUGCUCGAAAUGCGUUACCAGAAGCGCCUCGGGAUCGCUUUAGAUCGUGAGCGUCGGCGGAAGAAGACGGAGCGCCGACCGCUCGUCUUCAUGGGUGACACUCUAGGCCUAAAGCGACUUGAUGCAGACUUCGAUCGAAUGGAGAAGCGAAACAUUUUGGAAGCAACUAAAGACCGGGAUGAAAGGGCCAAUAGGCUCAUGGACUCUUUUGACAGUGCCGUCAUGCACGGUUUGGGCGAGAACCAAAGCCUCCUCGAUGAGGUUUCCACAAAAUUGAAGAAGAUUAGUCCUGCAGUAAUUCGCUCUUCUGGUCUAUCGGAUUCCGAAAUCGACCAAAUCCUGAGGUCUAUCUCGACCUUGGUGGGAUCGUUGCGGAUGGACUCUGAAUCCAUCCUUCACAAUUUCGGCAUCGCCGAUUCUACCCUCAAUGAUGCCGAUUACAGUGUCUCUGUCGCUGAAGCACGUUAUUCGAACUCGGAUGUCAAGGUCUUCCGUCGACUUGACAACGAGAAAAAGAAGGAGGAUGCUAAGAUCCAGAGUGAGCUUGACUCCAAGCUGGAGAGCGUCCGGAAUGGACCAGCAGAGAUCAUUUCCAAGAUCAACGACCUCCUUCGGAGUUUAGGCAAAGAUCCAGUGAUAGAAGAACCGAACCAUUCUACUUCUGUUCCUGGCAGCCACCCUGUCGAUGUUUUACUGCCAGGCUCUCGUCCUCCCACUGCCAGUAUGACACCCAGAAUACCAGACGAAGACCAUGGGCACCAACAGCGGCUACGCAAAGCGCUAGAAAAUGCUAAGAAGAGGAACGCCACCAGGAACAAUCCAUAA